CUCUUGUAAGUGCAUACUACUUAUGUAUGUAAGCUUUGAAAAUUAAUACAUACGUAUGUAUAUUCAAAUAAUAAUUAUAAGCACCGAAAUCUACAAUAACCAAAAAGAAGUGACGCCAAAUUAAACAAGUGCAAUUGUAUCUAAUAUAAAUCCGUUCUUUAUUCUCAGGCCACAAAGCCAAUUGUUGGUAGCAGCUGUUUGUUGUUGGCAGCUGAUCAAGCUGAUAUGUCUCGUGCUUUCGUUUUUUUUCCGACGUCGUAGUAGACCCUUUGUCUACUACUACAAACUGGUGGAAUUAAUCUCUUGGAACUUUACGGUUUUCCUAUAUGUACAUACCCUGUUUAUAUUUACCUCUUCCGUUCUCUCUCGCUUUCUUUAAACAAUACGUUGGGUUUAAAAAAACCUUUUCAGGAGAAAAAUAAUUAAACAUCUUUCCCCCAUAAUCUCUAUAAAAUUUUACAUUGUAUUACUAUAUAUAUGUACUUAUUUAAAAAUAUACAUACAUUUAGUAUGUAUUUAGACUUUUUGAAAGUAAUUCCCAUUAUGAAUUAGAAUAAAGCCCUUUGUAGCUUUCUGACAGAAAAUAUAUAUGUUUGUAGAUGGUUUCUUUGUUGAUAUUUUAAAAUAGUAGUGAUAGCAUAUUUUUCAGACAUCCCAAAUAUAUUUAGCCAAAAGAAAUAAUUAGGUCUUUCUUCUGUGAUAAAAUACUGAAAAACUAACCUGCAGUUGAAUGUGAUCUCAAAAAUUUUAAGUACUCCUAUCAGAGAAUUUAUUAACAUUCUCUCCAAAUAGAAUAGAAUAUUAUGUGGCCCUUCAAGAAUUUGUACUUUAGGUAGGAGAGAUUAGUUUUAAUGUUUAUUUAUUAAUUAAUUUAAUUUCAGUUGGUAGUCAUAUCUGUACAACAUGUUGAUAAAUGUAAAUUCCUAAAUUGAUCAGUUUUACUUAAAUAUGUGUAUAUAUUUAUUAUACACUACAGCGCAUUAAAUAUUAUAGCAAAAGCUCAUUUGCUCCUAUAAUUGUGAACUAAUGUAGAAGAAAAGACAUAAAACCAGAGAAUUUGAAUAAAUUAAAUAUAUAUAAAUAUUUAUUAACAUUCUCUGAUAAAACCUUACACGAGAGCUUUAGUGCAAGCUCUCUGCACAGCACGUUGUAUAUACUAGUACUUAUGCUUAGAGCACAAAAUAAAUUAUAAAUAGAUAUAUGUAUGUACAUACAUACAUUUGUACAAUCAAACACAUACAAAGAGACAAAAUCCCACUCUUGGCCAAAUAAUUAUUACUUAUUAUAUUAAUUUUUUCAUACAAUUCCAUUGUGUUAAUAUGAACGAAGUAGCGCAUUGACGACGUUCACCUCCCAUAUAACGAAAUUGCACAAAUAUAGUAUUUUUCUAAUCGAAUAAAUGCAGCUUGUAAUUACUUAAAUUCGUUUAAAGAAAAACGUUUGAAAAUAUCAUAUUGUAUGACAAUAAUAUAGUAUGUAUUGAUUUAAAUUUGAAUAUCACAAAGCAAAUCAUAAAUAUGACUAUCUAAACAACAACUUUUAAGAGUGUUUAUUUCACUCUCUUUUAUAACAAAUUCUCUUAUAACUUAAUGUCUUUCUCAAAAGCAAGUGUUUUGAUAUAAUGUUUUCUUCACGAGCUGCACAAUAGAUCUUUCACUCAAUUUCCAUCCGCGAUUUGAUCGUGUCGUUUGUGUUUUUCUGAAUAUAUUUUCUAGGAAAUAUAAUAAAUCGAAAGCGAAACCUCGCGAAAAUCCACGUGUACGCUGUUAGAGGGAAAAUUACACUGUAUUUGGUUAUUUUUAAUUCAUUUCUGAAAAGUUGAAAAAAUUGUCAACAAUGGCACAUGCUGUGGUGCGUGUUGUAGAGAGAUGUGAAAAUGCGCAAGAUAAUGAGUCAUUAGACUUGUCCGAAUGCCAACUGACGCAAAUUCCCGACGCGAUUUAUCAUUUAAUGCGCAAUACCCAACUAAAGACUUGUGAUCUUAGUAGCAAUGUCAUCAAAAAGAUACCAGCGAAAUUCGCGCUCAAAUUUAAUCUCAUUACAGACCUCAACCUCUCGCACAAUCAAAUGGCCAAAUUGCCCGAUGAGUUGGCAGAUCUAAAUGCGUUGGCGCGGUUGAAUAUCUCACACAACUCAUUUAUUGUUUUACCACCAGUUGUGUUUAAAAUGCCCAAAUUACGGGAAUUGGACGCCAGUCACAAUGCCAUUAUCGAAAUCGACACUGAUGAAAUGAUCACAAGCGAUAACUUAGAAUUAGUUAACCUGAGACAUAAUCCCUUGGGACGAACCUGCCACCGCAAAUUGGAAAAUGUCAGCACAUCAUUUCGCCUCGAAUUAUCGGAGUACAACGAGGAUGAUGAUUGGUAGGCUUGUGGGAUAUUUUGUAUAUCCUGUAAAAAAAUUAUAGGCGAUUAUUUCCCAAAACUAAGCUAAAAUAAAUGGGCUUAUUUGAUUAAGUUUGUGACUGCUAAGUAUAUAUUUUAAAUACAACUUAGCAACUGAUUAUGAUUAAUACAUUUGAGUACGCGUGGAGCCAAACCUCAAAGUACCUAUUUAUUGAAUAAAUUAAUUAGAAUGUUAGUUACUAAAGAAAGCAUACAAAGUUUAGCUGAUACGAACUGCUGAUUUAGUCAACUUUCAGUAAACAAAAUUUUAAAGCUUAAAAAUCUGGGUAGGACAUCGAUUUAAUAAGCCGCCUUAACAAAGAACAUAGUUUUAAGAAAGAAAAAUGAGAUUGAUAACUUUCUAGUUUAAAUUAGCACAAUUAGCAUAAACCCUUAAUUAAAUCGGUUCUAUUGUACCUAACAUUUUUUUGCUUUGAAUGGGGGAAACUUAAACUAUCAAAGCAUUAAUGCCAAAGAUAUAUUUUAGAAAUGAAUGAACAAUUUUAUCAACUAUGUAAGCAUACACAUAAGACAACCUGUAUAUAUACUUAACACUAGGGUUUUCAAUGUGAUUUCUUUGCUAAACUAAUUUUAACACUUUAAGUUAUAACAGUUUCAAAGGAAAUAAACACAUGCAAAAAAUUUA